AUGGUAUCAUUCAAGCUCGACAAUGUCAGCAACCCCGUGCUCGGCCUGAGUGGCUUCCCAGGGCUGGAGAUGUUUCACCACUGGAUUGGCAUCCCCAUCUUUUCCGCCUACCUGUUUGCAGUGCUGGGCAACUGCACCAUUCUGUACAUCAUAUGGACAGAGCCAAGCCUGCACCAGCCCAUGUACUAUUUCCUGGCCAUGCUGGCAACCACCGACCUGGGCCUCUGCCUCACCACCGUGCCCACCGUGAUGGGAGUCCUCUGGUUCCAGCUGUGGAAGAUCACCAAACACGGCUGUAUUGCUCAACUUUUUAUUGUCCACUCCUUCUCCUUCAUGGAGUCAGCAGUGCUCUUUGCCAUGGCAAUAGAUCGCUUCCUGGCCAUCUGCUUCCCUCUGAGAUACACUGGUUUUGUGACCACGGCCAGGGUGGCUGGAACUGGCCUUGUUCUGCUGCUAAGAAGCACCAUGUUUUUGUUGCCACCUGUGCCUUUUCUGCUGCAGUUCCCGUAUUGUCCAGGGGCUGUCCUUUCUCACUCCUACUGUCUCCAUCAGGACCUAAUCCGUUGGGCUUGUGCUGAUACAACCUUCAACAGCCUUUAUGCUCUCAUCCUCAUCCUCCUUACAAUGGGCUCUGAUCUCCUCUUCAUCCUCGUCUCCUACAGCCAGAUCCUGAGGACUGUUCUGGGCAUGACUUCUGGGAAUGAAGGCCACCACAAAGCCCUGGGCACCUGCGUCUCCCACAUAUGUGCCGUCCUGGUCUUCUACGUCCCAGUGCUCGGGCUCUCCAUUGUGCACCGGUUUGGCCAGCAUGCCUCUCCCCUUCUCCAUGUCAUUAUGGGCAACAUCUACAUCCUCCUCCCACCCCUGAUGAACCCCGUCAUCUACUGCCUCAGAACAAAGCAGAUCUACACCCGGAUCCUCAGAAUAGCCUCUGCCUUGAGUCCUUUUGGGAGAAAAUGGAGCUAA